AUGCUUGAUAGUGAUAUUCAACAAUUAAAAUUAAUUGAUUUUGGUUUCGCCACAACAUAUAACAUAAAUGAAAUGACAAACGAAUUACCAAUAGAAGGUAGAAUGACAUUUGCUGGACUUCAAGUUUUAAAUUUCAUUAUUGAUUUAUCAUCAUUGAAUUCAUUAUAUUCUUCAGUCUAUGAUUAUGAAAGAACUUUUGAUUUGAAAUGUGCAUUAAAUAUUAUAAUGUAUAUGAAUUAG